AUGCUUCCAACACCAUCCACGUCUCAUGUGGAUUAUUCCCACAUCUACGAACCAGCAGAAGACUCUUACCUCUUCCUGGACACCCUAUCAAGCACUUCUGAGAAAGCAUUCUUCCGGAAGCACUUUACAGCUACAUCUACAGAUGGCCGAGGUUCCCCGUCCUUGUCGAUUCUCGAGGUCGGCACCGGUUCGGGCGUCGUACUGGCCUUCGCGAUAGCAAAUGCUGCCGCGAUAUUCGGUCGCACAGAUGUCGGUGCAUUGGGAAUAGAUAUGAACCCUUUCGCAUGCGUUGCUACUGCCAAGACCUCCAACCUUGCCAUACAAGACGUGAGAGCAACCGACGAAGACGCUACUGGGUUAUUUCUUGAUAGCUUAGGCAGUGAUCUGACAGCGGCUUUGCGACCUGGAAGCAUCGAUGUCUUGAUAUUUAACCCGCCGUACGUGCCAACCGAGGAGCUCCCUGCACAACAGCUCCCUGAACUCGUAUCAUCGUCGGCGAUGUCGUCAUCGGCGCGUUUCGAGCGCGAUUCGCAUCUCCUUGCGUUAUCAUAUGCAGGUGGACAAGAUGGCAUGGAGACUACAAACCGCUUAUUGACACAGCUACCUCAGAUACUGAGUGCACGCGGCGUAGCCUACGUGCUUCUUUGUGCACAGAAUCGACCCGAGCAAGUCAUGAAUGAAAUCCGUACUUGGGAAGGUGGGCACUGGCUUGCAGAGAAGGUCGCAGACAGCGGCAUGAAGGCAGGAUGGGAAAAAUUGUGCAUCGUGAGAAUCUGGCGAGCUCCUGAGAGUUCAUGA